AUGGAACACGAGGUUAACUAUGACUUCGACCACGAAGAUCACUUCUGGCAAGCGCUGGACGACAUCAUUGCCCGCGAAUGCCAAAACCAUACCUUUAUCGACGAUUCGUUGCGCUCCUACUUAGCCAUAAUCAGCUCUUGUCGUGAGCGCUUUCUUCCCAGCGACCAUGAUCUUGGUCGAUGCGCAUUUAAGCUGCAAGACUCGCCGCUCUUCAAUACACAUUCUGACUAUAUCCGGCGCCAAUUCGUUCAGUGCUUGAUAGAGGAUGACGAGCCCGAUGUCAUCCUCAUAUCGACCAUCUUUCUGCUUACCGAUGCACAAAGUCACGAUCAGACAUAUGAGUUGUUGAAUGACCAAGGCGCAUUUCCUAGAUUGGUGGACCUCAUAUUAAGUCCCCGACAGCAUGGGCACGAAGGAAUACACCGACUCCUCAUGGAGUUACUUUAUGAAAUGUCGCGCAUUCAAAAGAUCAAGUUCACUGAUCUCGCCCAUAUUGGUGACGACUUCAUUAAAAUGCUGUUCGAAAUCAUAGAACAAGUUUCUGACGAUGUCAACGAUCCUUAUCAUUAUCCGACCAUCCGUGUCUUAUUGGUCCUGAAUGAACAGUUCAUGGUCGCUGCACAUGAUCCUUCCAAUACUCAGAAAGCUGUCCCAUUGACCAACAAGGUCAUCAAAGUGCUCUCUUCACACGGCAGUGCAUACAAAACGUUUGGGGAGAAUAUCAUUCUUCUUUUAAAUCGAGAGGACGAAACAUCGUUACAACUCCUAACCUUGAAGUUACUAUAUUUACUUUUCACCACUCCUCCAACUUAUGAGUACUUCUACACCAACGAUCUUCAUGUGUUGGUUGACAUUCUUGUCCGCAAUCUUUUGGAUCUACCCGAGGAGGCUUCCUCUCUGCGGCACACCUACUUGCGCGUCCUAUAUCCCCUGCUCGAACACACUCAGCUACAAUACCCUCCGCAUUAUAAACGAGACGCCAUUCGAAAGCUUCUACUUGUAUUGGGUGGAGGCCAUCUUGCCGACGCACCGUGGGGUCACUUUGAAGCCGUCGAUGAGACGACAAAACGCUUGGUAAAGCGAUGCGAAGGGGUCAGUUGGCUGAUCGAUCCCGAAAUCGAUCCACCUGAGCGUGUAGAUUCCCCUACCCCCGAGACAGAUUCAAACCCGGCAUCUCCAAUCUCACCCGUGAGAUCAAUUCCUCCAGCACUACCAGCCCCUCGGAAACUAAAAAAGCGCAACUCCUCAAAAGGUUCGACCCUUACAAUUGGACAGUAUCUAACACCGCAGUUAGAAGGUGCCCGACAUUCCAGUCUCAGCAUGAUGGAGGUUGCUGCCCAAAGGGAAAAACCAGGAGUAAUCACUCCCAGUCGAAAUCCGAGUCUCAGGCACAAUCUCCGCGCAGCAAUUAUGCACAAUAAAAAGGAACGGCCGCCACCACCACAAGCUAGACGCUCCGGUUGGAGUAGGCCGAAAACGCAAGUUAGUUUGAACGAGUCGGAGGCUGCAAGUGUUCGAGCUUCAAAUAUGGAUCUGAAGAACGAUGCCACAGAUCAACCUCCAAUUGCUGAGGAAAAUACACAUUCCCAUGGCGAUCUCGUAAAGGGAGCAGAGCAACAGGCCAAACAAAAUCCAUCUUCCAUUUCCCACAUAGAAUCUCCGGCGCUCUCUGUCAGUCAUCAUCAACAUCACAUGCCACAUUUUAGGAAGCCGCCACCGAUGCCUAAAGCUCGUCGAUGGCGUGGUAGGAGGGGAAAGGAUGAGGACGAAGGCGGCAGCGCCAGUACUCCUAGAGAACCUGGAAGAUUCAACCCCAAAUUACCCUCAAUUGUUACAACUACAUCCUCUGGACAACAAGCUCCUGCUCAAUCCCCCUUUUCACCCCUGGAAAAAACUCUCUCCCCACCAGACCCAGGUUCAGCCGACACAAAUCCAGAAAAGGCGAGUGUAAGUCAGGCUUUGGAAAAGGCACAAGCUAUUGCACUUGAAAACAUCACAGAAACCAUGGAACAAGUUAAUCUUGCUGUGGAGGCUGUAGUAGGACAAAAGAAUACCACAAAAGAGGAUGGCAAGGGAAUUAUUGAUGGUGAUCAAAACGAAAGAUCUUCUACAGAGACGAAUUCUCCAUUGGGAGAAGAGUCAGGCCAAUUCCACGAUGCCCUUCUCACACAACCUGAGUUAGGGUCGCAAUCGCAAACCCUCCCACCCCCACCGCCUCGACCACCAAUGUCCCGCCGGCACACCGAGACGAAAGAAGUCGUCAGUGAUGCUCCAGAAGUGGUGAUCCCUGAACCACAACCUCAACCUCGACUUGUUCUCACACCACCGGGUCAGGAGCCCUCUCGCGGCGUCCCCGGUCCGCAGAUCGAAUUGGAACGAAGUCCCUUUUUGACCGAUGAGGAAGAAGCUGAGAGUGAUUAA